AUGGGAAGAAACAUUGGGUACGGUGGGACGGCGCCAAGAGUCCCAGGGAGUGUGGUGAUUGAUCUUGGGAGGAGGAUGAACCGGAUUCUGAACAUUGACGCCGAGAAUGCUUCUUGUCUGGUUGAGCCCGGAGUCUCCUACUUCGCCCUGUACGAGGAGAUACAGCGCCGAAAGCUGCCACUCUGGAUCGACACGCCUGAUGUCGGCGGCGGGAGCGUUCUUGGUAAUGCAAUCGACCGAGGCGUGGGGUACACUCCGUACGGUGACCACUUUGCCAAUCAUUGCGGUCUCGAGAUCGUCCUUCCGAAUGGGGAAUUGUUGCGGACGGGAAUGGGCGCACUGCCGGGCAAGGACGGAGCGGACAAUCCCACGUGGCAAUCAUUUCAGCCUGCAUACGGCCCGUACUCUGACGGAAUCUUUAGCCAGAGCAACUUCGGCAUUGUCGUGCGCAUGGGGAUGUGGUUGAUGCCAGAGACGGGACAUCAAUCCUAUCUCAUCACCUUCCCCCGGGAGGAAGACUUUCCGGCGAUUGUUGAUAUCAUCCGCCCACUGGCGCAACAGCGGGUGCUUGGAAAUAUUCCCCAACUCCGGCACGCAGUCCAGGAACUUGCAACGACCGGCCGGCUAAAGACCGAUUUCUACGACGGAACCGGGCCUGUUCCUCGUGAUGUCAUUCGGAAGCACGCUGCUACCCUGCCGCUCGGCGACGUAUCGUGGAUCUUUUACGGCACACAGUACGGCGACCCUGCGAGCAUCGCCAAACAGCUCGACCUGAUUCGCGACGCCUUCUCCAAGAUUGAAGGGGCAAAAAUGAUGCUCCCCGAAGAAAUCCCUGCCGAGCACUAUCUUCACUCUCGUGUCAGCGUGUGCAGCGGCGUUCCAGUUAUGCGCGAACUCGAUUGGCUCAACUGGGUUCCCAAUGCAGCCCACUUGUUCUUCAGCCCCAUCGUGCCGACCCGCGGACGUGACGCCAAAGUUGUCCACGAUAUCAUUUCCCGAUUACACGCCAAGUACGGGUUCGACCUGCUGCCGACGCUGUGCGUUGCUGGACGCGAAAUGCACUACAUUGCCAACAUCGUGUACGACCGGGCAUCGCUCGACGAAAAGAGGCGGGCGGCGACAUGCAUGCGCGAGAUGAUUGCCGAGACAGCAGCAGAGGGCUACGGCGAGUACAGGACGCACAUCCUGUUUGCCGAUAUGGUUGCGGGAACGUACAAUUGGGGGAACAACGCUCUGAUGCGCUUCAACGAGACCAUCAAAGAUGCCCUAGACCCGAAUGGCAUCCUGGCGCCGGGGAGGAACGGUAUCUGGCCGAAGCGGUUCCGCGGUAAGGGGUGGGAGAUUCGUGGCACGGAGGUCGAAGAUGCGCUCGAGGGAAAGGGCAUCGGACCCAAGGCGCAUUUGUAG